AUGACAGGGGGAUUUGUCAUCAAGACUUACUAUGGAGAACAUAUAUGCCAGAAGAAAUGGAAGAUAAGGUCGCUGACAGCAAAAUUCCUCUGCAAGUAUUUCAUAGAUGAGUUCAGAGAUGACCAGAAGAUGUCACUAGGUACAUUUUCAAGAAAGAUCACCAAGGAAUUUCAUGUCACCCCUAACAGAUGGAAGCUAGCUAGGGCAAGAACUGCAGCACUUAAGGAGAUCCAUGGUGAUGAAGAAGAGCAGUUCAGUAGGCUUUGGGACUAUGGUCAUGAAUUGAGGAAUACCAACCCUGGGUCUACAUUUCUUCUGUCAACUGAGCUUGUUAAAGACAAAGAUUUCUCACAGGGCAGGAAAUGUCUGAAAACUCUAUAUUGGUCUUAUGAUGCAUGUAAAAGGGGGUGGCUCAAGGGAUGCAUGCCUAUUAUUUUCAUUGAUGGUUGUCACAUGAAAAAUAGGUUUAAAGGAGUGUUGCUUAGUGCAGUGGGUAUUGAUCCUAAUGACUGCAUUUUCCCCAUUGCAAUGGGUUGGGUAGAAGUAGAGUGCACAAGUUCUUGGGAGUGGUUUCUCACUACAUUGAGAGAUGACCUUAACAUCACAAAUACUGCUCCUUUCACUAUUAUGAGUGACAAGCAGAUAUGUUUGAUCAAUGUUGUGCAAAAACUCUGGCCAGAUGCUGAGCAUAAGUUUUGUGUUAGGCAUAUUUAUCAGAAUUUCAAUGAGAAGCACAAAGGAGAGUUGUUGAAGCAAGAUCUGUGGGCCAUUGCAAGAGCAGCAAACAGGGUGAAGUGGAGCCAAAACUGUGAGAAAAUGGAUGGACACAGUGCAGCUGCCUUCCACUGGACUGAAAGACUUGAUCCAAAGACAUGGUGUAAAUCAUUUUUUAGUGUCUUUUCCAAGUGUGAUAUUCUGCUGAACAAUAACUCUGAAGUAUUUAACAGCUACAUUCUGGAGGGCAGAGAGAUGCCAGUGCUGUCAAUGCUGGAAUACAUUUUUUACAAGAUCAUGCAAAGGCUAGUGAGUAAACAGAGAGAGGCCAUAGAGAAGUGGGUAGGGCAGAGAAUAUGCCCAAAGAUCAAGAAGGAACUAGACAAGAACACUGAGUUUGCUGCUAAUUGCCAUGUCUCAGAAGCUGGCCAACAAUUGUUCAGAGUUCAGUCUGGUAACUCUAGUUAUACAGUUGACUUGUGCUUGCACACUUGUGACUGCAGGAGAUGGCAGCUGUCUGGAGUACCAUGUGGCCAUAGUAUAGCAUGCUGCAGGGAGGAGAGAAUUGACCCUGAGACAAUGGUUCUUGACUGCUACACUUUGGAGAAUUAUCUGAAAGCAUAUGGAUACACUCUGGUUCCACUUAGAGAUCCAAAGCAUUGGGAGAAACAGAAUGGUUACAAAGUAUAUCUACCAGUUUUCACUAAAUACUUGGGAAGGCCAAAAAAAAACAGGAAGAAAACACCAGAAGAGAAGAGAAGCAAGAAUGGUGUUAGAUAUUGGAACAAAAAAGGUGUGACGAUACACUGCUCAAUUUGUGGCAGAGCUGACCACAACAGAAAGGGCACUACUGAUGGCAGGAAGCACUAA